ACCUGACCCGUGCGCGCUUAUAACGCAGAUGACACAGACACGGCUAUGCACGGGACUUAAGCACAGCCUUCAAAAUAAGCAUUAUAUAAGACCAGUCACACACAUCACAUCGGCGACCAGAAGAAACGGCAUUUGUUUGGAAAAACUUUGCUUUCUCGUGAACUGCGCGCGGCCCCGCUAUGAGUUCGCGUACUAAUAUUUCUUGUUUACAAGAAGCCAAACGGGUGGCUAUCUUCGGUGGCACGCAUGGAAACGAGAUGUCUGGCAUUGUGCUGGCAAAUAUGUGGUUACAGAAUGCAACGGAGAUCGAAAGAAACGGACUGGUGUGCAAGCCGUUCAUAACCAACCCGAGAGCGGUGGAGAAAUGCACCAGGUACAUCGACACUGAUCUGAACCGAGCCUUCACGCCGGAGAACCUCAGUGCUUCAGAAUUGGAAGCGCUGCCAUAUGAAGUCCAGAGAGCCAAGGAAAUCAAUCAGAUGUUCGGACCCAAAGGAGGCUCGGAUGCGUAUGAUGUCAUCUUCGACCUUCACAACACCACCUCAAACAUGGGCUCCACCCUCAUACUGGAGAGCUCGACUGACCUCUUCAACCUUCAGAUGGUGCAUUAUAUCAAAAAAGCUAUGGCCCCUCACACCUGUUCAGUUCUGCUCAAUGAACAUCCGCAGCUGAAAUAUUCAACAACACGCUCGGUGGCCAAACACCCUGUCGGUCUUGAGGUGGGCCCACAACCACAGGGUGUUUUGAGAAGCAAUGUGUUUGAGUCUAUGAGGACGAUACUGAAGCAUGCGCUGGACUUCAUCGAGCUUUUUAAUAAUGGUGUAGAGUUUCCUCCAUGCACAGUAAAUGUUUUCAGAGUCCAGGAGAGAAUGGACUAUCCCAGAGACACCAAUGGAAACAUCACAGCCAUGGUGCAUCCGCAUCUACAGGACUGUGACUGGGAGCCUCUGAACCGGGGUGACCCGAUGUUCCUUACUUUCGAUGGGAGAACAAUUCUUUAUGAAGGUGCCAGCACAGUGUACCCUACGUUUAUUAAUGAAGCGGCCUAUUAUGAGAAACAGCAGGCAUUCGUGACCACUUGUAGGGAAAUACUAGCUGCCAAUGCUAUCAGAAAAGCAUUCAAGUAAUCUUUUGUCUUAUUAAAAAUAAUCACUAUGACAGGGUGAUAACACAGAAAGUGUGCUUCAUCUAAACAACAUUUUGCUAAUUCUUGAAAAUGACAAUAGAGAUUUAUUUGUUGUAAUUGCCACAGGAUUAUUUAGGAGAACCUUUAAAAAAUUUAUAUGAGAAUACAUUUAUAUGGGUCAAAGAUGAAGCUUCAGCAUCAGAAUGAUAAUAAUUAGCUCUAUUUUUUAUACAUGAGUAGUUUUUUCAAAUGAUUAUCAUACAUUUUUUGACGUGAAUUACUGGAGAUACCUACUAAAAUGUAUUCUGAUCUAAUAGCUGUUGUUUAUAUACCAAAAAAAAGUCAUAUUUUGAUCAAAAAAUCAUUUAAUGACAUUAAUAAUUACAGUGCAAUAUUUGCCAUUAUCUUUCAAACCACUGUUAUAAUCAUGUAAAACUAGCACAACCACUUCUGCUUUUGUAUAUUUUGUGUAAGCACUGUUCAGAACAAUAAUGUUGUUUCAUUUAUAUUUAACUAUAUUAGUGUUGGGUAAUGAUUAAUUACUAUUAAUCGCAAUAUAUAUAAAUGUUUUAUCAAGUAUAUAAACGCGUGUGUGUUUAUACACUCACCGGCCGCUUUAUUAGGUACACCUGUCCAACUACUCGUUACGGCAAAUUUCUAAUCAGCCAAUCACAUGGCAGAAACUCAAUGCAUUUAGGCAUGUAGACAUGGUCAAGACGAUCUGCUGCAGUUCAAACUAGCAUCAGAAUGGGGAAGAAAGGUGAUUUUAAGUGACUUUGAAUGCGGCAUGGAUGUUGGUGCCAGACGGGCUGGUCUGGGUAUUUCAGAAACUGCUGAUCUACUGGGAUUUUCAUGCACAACCAUCUCUAGGGUUUACAGAGAAUGGUCCGAAAAAGAGCAGUUCUGAGGGUGCAAAUGCCUUGUUGGAUGUCAGAAGAAAAUGGCCAGACUGGUUCAAGCUGAUAGAAAGGCAACAGUAACUCAAAUAACCACUCGUUACAACUAUGGUAUGCAGAAGAGCAUCUCUGAAUGCACAACACGCCUAGCAGAAGACCACACUGGGUGCCACUCCUGUCAGCUAAGAACAGAAAACUGAGGCUACAAUUUGCACAGGCUUGCCAAAAUUGGACAAUAGAAGAUUGGAGAAAUGUUGCCUGGUCUGAUGGGUCUCGAUUUCUGCUGCAAUAUUCGGAUGGUAGGGUCAGAAUUUGGCAUCGACAACAUGAAAGCAUGGAUCCAUCCUGCCUUGUAUCAACAGUUCAGGCUGGUGGUGGGGGUGUAAUGGUGUGAGGAAUAUUUUCUUGGCACUUUGGGCCCAGUAGUACCAAUUGAGCAUCGUGUCAACGCCACAGCCUACCUGCGUAAUGUUGCUGACCAUGUACAUUCUUUUAUGACCACAGUGUACCCAUCUUCUGAUGGCUACUUCCAGCAGGAUAUUGCGCCACGUCAUAAAGCGCCAAUCAUCUCAGACUGGUUUCUUAAACAUGACAUUGAGUUCAUUGUACUAAAAUGUAGUCACCAUAUCUCAAUUCAAUAUAGCAUCUUUGGGAUGGACC